AUGCGAAUCCGCUAUCCUUUUGCGGGCGCCUUCGUCUUCCUCCUCAUUCUCGCCGCCUACAUCGGCCUCCUCCCCCACAGCGACUCGUCCAGCAUACCGUCGCAACUGCAACCCAAUGACAAACUCCUGCACGUCUUGACCUUCUUCCUCCUCUCGCUCGUCUUCUACUGGAUCCCGGACACCUCGCGCCGCCGCACCCUGCAUCUGACCCUGGUCGUGUGCACCCUCGUCCUGGGCAUCGGCUCCGAGAUCGUCCAGGGCCUGCUCCCCAACGGCCGCACCUUCGAUCCCUUCGACCUCCUCGCCAACAUCGUCGGCAGCCUGGGCGCCGUCGGCCUGUGCAGCUGGUACCACCGCCGCAUGCUUGACCGGCGCCGCAAGGCCCGCUUCGGCAGCCUCGGCGGCGGCGACGGCGCCGACGAUGACGACGUCGAGCUGGGUCUGACCGGGGGCCACCACCAGGAUGACCACGACGGCCUCGGCCCGCAGGAGACCGGCGUGCUGAACCUGGAGCAGGAGGUGGACAACUGGGACGAGAACGCCGUGGACAACUGGGAUACGGAGGAUGGGCCGGACGAGCUGGGCGGAACCGUCGGGGAGGCGGGGGAUGGGAAGAAACGGAGUGAUUGA